CAUGCAGUGUUGAGCAUCCCUGGUAAAAACAAAACAAAGCAUGCGGAAUUUGGAAUCCUGACAAAAAUGACAACCACAUUGGAAGCACAGCUUUCAGACAAGUUGAAAGUGAUGGACGAGAUCAAGGACAUUGGCCCAAAGCCGGCAGACCAGGAGGAAUCCAGCAGCGCACACGGUAGAACCGAUGAAAGGGCGGAGUUCCCGUCCCCAAGUGGCAGUGCCACCAAAAUCGUUCCGGAGCCCGAGUUUUACGAUAAGGCGCAGAAGUACUGGUCCGAGGUUCCGGCCACCGUAAACGGGAUGCUCGGUGGUCUCGGCUACAUCAGCGCCAUCGAUAUACAGGGCUCCAGUGUGUUUCUGCGCGAGAUCCGCGUUCCCGGCAACAGGUUGGCCUUGGACUGCGGCGCGGGAAUCGGGCGUGUGACCAGGAAUCUUCUUAUCCCGCGCUUCAGCUGCGUGGACCUCGUGGAGCAGGAUCCUGCGUUUGCGGAGAAGGCACGGGAGUACUGCACCUCGGAGGACGUAGCUCCCGGAAAGGUGGGGCAGAUCUACAACGUAGGACUGCAAAAGUUCGCGCCCUCACAGCAGUACGACCUUAUCUGGAGCCAGUGGGUGCUGGGCCACCUCACGGACCGUGACCUGGUCGCCUUUUUCCGGCGCAUCAAGCUGGGACUGGCGCCCGGCGCCUUCUUCUGCCUAAAGGAGAACGUGAGCAGCUCCAGGAAGACGGUAGAGGACAAGGAGGACUCCUCGGUCACCCGGCCACUAGACAGCUACGAGCGCUUCCUGAAGGAAGCCGGAUUCCGCAUCGUGCGCAAGGUCAAGCAACAAAACUUCCCCAAAGGACUCUUUCCGGUUUACAUGAUCGCCUGCAAGCCCGUCUCCAAGGAAUAGGUUAAGCCUUUAGUUAGUUCUACCAUUGACGUACAAGCAAUGUACUAAAGUUAUACAAAAUGCAAAUUCAAUGUCACAUUACUAGCUAGUCAUUUAUAAUUGUAGCGUUUUGAACAACAAAUAAACAAGCAUGCAAAAGCUUUUGCACGUUCCUUAA